UUGGACACUGUUUGGAUGGAGCCCGCUAUUUGGCGUGCCCAUGCUAGCUUCAGCUCUGCAAUACAAUUUUAUGCCAAUGCUUCGGCUAGAUGUGGGCGGCUUAAAGCCACACCAAUAUUUUGGCUCUCCCUUGCAUUGGCAGAGCCAUCCAAGGCAAAAAUCAAACAGACACGGAUUGAUAUUAGGAUGGAUGAGGUCACACAAGCUGUUGAAAACCUGAAAAAGGAGUGGAGCCAUGUAGUUACGCAACUUGAGGUGUGCAUUGCUGCAAUUGAGUCAUGUGGGAAGAUGGGAAAAGGGACAGAGGAAGCAAAUUCUCUUCCUAGGUUGAAUGGUUCUGCGCAGGAUGCACUGCAAUUACUCAAUGCACUGCAGUGCAGGCUUGAUCUUCUAGCAGAGCAGCUACCCAGCUUUGAAGAAGUGCAGUCUGGCCAGGCAACCUUAGCGUCAUGGAAGGAACAAUAUCAAAAGCUGCGGACGAGCCUCAGGAGUGCUAAUUUACAAGCAAAAGAGAACAUUAAGAAAGCUGCGGAAGAAGAGAGGAAGCUGCUUCUGGGAGGAGGAGAAGAGUCCACCAUCCGGAGACGCAAUCUCCAGACAAAAGCCGGGAUGACAUCCGCUGCAGAAAGUAUUACUGAGAGCCUACGCCGAUCUCGACAAAUGAUGGUUCAGGAAGUGGAAAGAAGUGCUAAUACCUUGUCAACCUUUGAUGAAUCAACAAGUGUGCUUCGGCAAGCUGAAGGCGAAUAUCAAGGACACCGCUCUUUGCUGAUGCGUACCCGUGGUUUGCUCUCCACAAUGCAACGACAAGAUGUUCUUGAUAGGAUCAUCCUGACUAUUGGGUUCCUCAUUUUCUCCUUGGCGGUCCUUUAUGUCGUCUCAAGACGUAUUGGUCUGCUGACACUGCAAAGGAAGCUGGCCGAUGCCAUCAGAUCAGGCUCAAUAUCAGCCGAAGACAUCGUAGCUAAGGUGCACCAUGGACCUGCCCCAGUGAAUGCUCCUCCUAGUGUUCCUCCUGUUUAUGAUGAACUGUGAUUGACUUCCAUCCAUUGUUUAUACAUCAAGAACAAGCAAGUUACCUUUGAUAUUCUUUGUACAUGUUGUCUAGAUGUUGUAAGAAGAAGCUGUACCAGUGCACCGACCUGCUGUCAGACUUGAGUUGAACACCCCAGUUCUGUUCACAUCCAUUCGUUGAGUCAAAUCUCCUGCCGGUUUUAGGAUA